AUGAAAAUUCAAAAAGAUCAAAGAAAGAGAUCUGAGAAUGGGAGAAAUUCUGAUCAAGAUUAUAAAGAGACUCAUCUUGAUACUAAUAAGGACAUGAGUCGUAUUAAAAAACGAGAAUCUGAAGAUUUUGGAGAUAAUUACAGUGAAGUAUUUAGUUUCUGUGAAAAAGUGAAGGAUGGGUUACGUAAUCACGAUGAUUAUCAAGCAUUUUUGAAGUGUCUUCAUAUCUAUAUCACUGAUAUAAUUACAAGAAAGGAAUUACAAAUCUUGGUUUCUGAUCUACUUGGAAAGCAUCCGGAUCUUAUGGAAGGUUUCAGAACAAUGGAACAAGGCCUUUUUAAACUUAUUAGUAAUUUGUAAGUUCUCAUUAGGUUUAGAUAAAACGUAAAACAAUUAUGAUUAUCUUGGACUCAAAUAGAUAGCCUUAUGUUAAACUUACAAGAUGUUUGUUUGUGUCUCGUUUUCAUUAAAAAAGUGCUU